CGCAUCGCGCUGAUAAAGACGCGUCGCGUCGCGUCUCUCAGGGAGGCGGUGAGAUGAGCGCACUUUGAACUGAGACUCGCAAUGACAUUCGGCUCUUUGAGGCUCAGUGUCAUGGUAAACAGUCUGAGGACCCUGUGCUUGAGAAAAGCAUGAAUUCAUUGGAAACGAGAGUCUACUUUUGAAGAACCGCCUGCCGGCAGUGCAUUCUGGAGGCAUGUGCAGUCCUCUGAGCGGUAAGCAGCAGCCGGCUGGCCCGGGCCUCACAGAUCUGCAGCUGUACAGUCAGUGGCUGGCCAGUAGACAUGAGGCCAGCCUGCUGCCCAUGAAGGAAGACCUGGCGCUCUGGCUCUCCAGUAUGCUGGGUGUGGAAAUCACAGCCGAGAGCUUCAUGGACAGGUUAGAUAACGGAUUCCUGUUGUGUCAGCUGGCUGAGACUCUGCAAGAGAAGUUCAGGCAAAAUGAAUCCGAUGUGAGUUCACCAGAAAAGUCGAUCCCCAGUCGCAGGAUUCCUUGCCGAGCCAAUGCCGCGUCUGGUUCCUUUUUCGCCAGGGAUAACACAGCCAACUUCCUGUCAUGGUGUCGAGAGGUGGGCGUAGGUGACACCUGUCUGUUCGAGUCAGAUGGGCUUGUGUUACACAAACAGCCAAGAGAAGUGUGUCUGUGCCUGCUGGAGCUGGGAAGAAUAGCAUCCAGGUAUAAGGUAGAGCCACCUGGUCUUAUAAAGCUGGAGAAAGAGAUUGAACAGGAAGAGAAGAGACCUGAACCUCCACUGUCUCCUGUACCUCCCGCUUCCAAUUCUCAAUCUCCAUCCGUUUCUCCGUCCAUCUCGUUAUCUAUCUCUCCAUUCAACAAGACCAACUCCAGCAAAAAAAGUACCGGCAAGCUACUGGAUGAUGCUGUGAAGCACAUUUCUGAAGAUCCACCUUGUAAGUGCCCAAAUAAGUUCUGCAUAGAGCGACAAUCGCAGGGCCGUUACCGCGUUGGAGAGAAAAUGCUUUUCAUCAGAAUGCUGCAUAAUAAACAUGUGAUGGUGCGUGUUGGUGGAGGCUGGGAGACGUUUGAGAGCUACCUGCUAAAGCACGACCCAUGCCGCAUGCUCCAGAUCUCGCGUGUGGAAGGCAAGAUCUCGCCCAUCUCUGGAAAAUCUCCAAACAUCAAAGACCUUGCGCCUGACAGCUACCUGGUAGUGGCGGCCCACUACAAAAGCAAGAAGUAAAGAAGAAAUGUACUAAUGAAACAAAGACUUUUAAUGUAACUUUGAAGCACAGCUCACUGGCUAGCCGUUGUAGAUGCCACAAGGACAUGCCAACUUCCAUUGGCUUCUAAAACUAACUAGUGUUUAAAGGAGAAAACUAAUUUUAACACACAACAAUGACAGUGUAGAUCAGCUAGUUUGACAAUGUAUAACUAAGAUACUGAGCGAACUGGAAUACAGAAUCAAGGUUGUUUUAUUUGUAUACCAUUUUCUUAAUCCUGACAAAUGAAAUCGCUGGAUGAAUUCAAAUAUUCACUUCUACACUGGCUAUUCCUUUUAGUGCUUCAUUUGCUAACGAUAUUAAUAAUUUGUAUGGGGGUACUAGUAUUUUCUUUUGAUGUCAUGAUAUAUAUUUUCUGGCAUUUAUUGUGUUUAAAUGUGAUGGCCUUGCUGUUUUGGAGAAUGGAAUCUAAUCAGCCAACCAUGUGGCUGAACAGACCCAUAAAGCAUGAAGACAUGA